AUGGCGGCUAACGGGAACACCAACUAUUACGAUUUGUAUCGCCAUGGCAGUCUUGGGUCGACCCUGACCGAUGCACUUGACGACCUCAUUGGGGCCGAACGCAUCGAUCCUCAGCUCGCCAUGAAGGUUCUUAUGCAGUUCGAUCGAGUUAUCACUGAGGCUCUCAGUGAGAAAGUCAAGGCCCGUUUGACCUUCAAGGGAUCUCUUGACACCUAUCGCUUUUGCGACGAGGUCUGGACUUUCCUCAUCAAGAACGUCACCUUCAAGAUGGAUGGCGGUCAGUCUGUCGUUACGGCGGACAAGGUCAAGAUUGUGAGCUGCAGCGCAAAGCGCAGUGACGAGAAGUAG